UCAAAGUCAUCUCUUUUGGCAUCAUACCCCACAGACUUAAUAUUCUACCCUUGUUGGUCUUCACCUUUCAUCAUAUUAAGCAUUACCGUUGAACCUUCCUUAACUUUGGUAGGAAGCUCAGUGGGAAGCUGCCUGUCAACCUUAACUCACUUCAUAUUUUUGUUCCACAACUUUGUUUUUGUUAACUUUUGGCUUCUCACCUUCCAAAUGUCGUACAAUAGUAACCAGUACCCGGCGACAUCCGAGAGCGAUCUUGCCGAGCAGCCCGGGAUCGAGUUUACGGACUCGAUGUUUGACGGGUGGCUCGAUGUAAACGCUUCGUCUCUGGUCGACACGGUGAUGUAUCCGGGUUAUCAAUGGGACGAGGUUGAUGAGCUUGCUCGGAACACCAUCCACCAAGGAGAGCCUAGCAGUGUUCGUGAAAGAUUUGCAUUCAAGACGAAAUCAGAAGUUGAGAUUUUGGAUGAUGGGUUCAAGUGGAGGAAGUAUGGGAAGAAGAUGGUGAAGAACAGCCCGAAUCCGAGGAACUACUACAAAUGCUCGGUCGAAGGCUGCCCGGUGAAGAAGAGAGUCGAAAGAGAUCGAGAUGAUCCAAAAUACGUGAUAACGACCUACGAGGGUGUCCAUACCCAUGAAAGUUCAUAAGAAAAUAUUUCAAUCUUUUUUUAGUAUGAAAAUCGUUAUCGGGUACGAGUUCUAGUGUUUUCUCGAAUGCAUGAAUCGUUGUUCUAGCUUCA